CAAUGUCUACCAUUUGAAUACCAGAGAAGAAGACUAACGACGUGACCAAACUUCCGUGUUUGGUUCUGUGGUUUGGUUUGAUCCCCAUGAUUAUGAUUAAUCCGUUUUCGAUAUGUUAAAGAAAGAUCUACUGCUAACUAUUAGAAUUGCAAGCACUCGCGUUCAGUUGAGCCUUUGAUUAUUUACGAUUUUCGUCCUUUGUAUCGUUACUUACGCGCCUUAAGGUUUAUUUGCGGUCGAAUUUUUUUUGGGUUGUAUUUUAAAAUUUUAUAUAAUCGAAUUCUGCUUUAUGUAUGCCACCGGUGGGGUUUGGUGCCAACUUGGCACCACCAAAGUGUCGCUAAGUUUGGAAACCUUAAAGGCCAGCCAGGCAAGUAAGAAACCUGUAAAGGGGGGCACCGUCCCUGAAGGCGUUAAGAAGAAGGUUUUGAAGAAAGUAGGAUCGACCAGUACCAGUUUCAUUGGUCCCGCAUGUCGCCCGGGAAAGAACGCAUGUCGCCCGGCUAAGACCGCAACUCACCCGCCGAAGACGGCAAUUCACCCGCCGAAGACCGCAACUCACCCGGCUAAGACCGCGUCUCGCCCGGCUAAGACCAAGGGGAAGGAUAUCGAAGACAGCUUGAAUGACUUCUACCAGGAACUGGAGUCUUUGGACUCACCGGACGCUGCUCCGCGUCCCCCGAACAAACAGGCAUCGAACCAGGACAGACGCAACAGAAGAGAGCCGCCAAAUACAAACCAGAAGAGAAGUUACGAUUCCUUCCAGUAUUCAGGCAACGAUCCUAAUCGCCAGCAACAACACUGGCAGCCGGAUGGCCCGUACAACCACGACAACAAGCGACAACGCAGUGAGGAUGACUUCUGGCGGCCACAUCAUCCCCAGAUGAUGGGUUUUCCGAGACCGCCCCAACGAUUCCAACCUCCUCACCCCCGCUUCAAUGGGCCAUUCCCAGGCCCUCCACCAGGACACUUUGUGCCCCAUUGGAACCCCUAUGCCCAUCCACAGGACUCCCACUUCCAACAAGACCAAUUCCUCCCACCCGGCGUGUGUCGUGAUCCGCAUCCUCCGGGCUGUCGACCCAGUCCUCCACCCCAUCCGGGUGAUGGCCUUUGGGGGGGAGGCAGCGGAGAGCCUACCUGGCCGCAGAGUUCUGCAGCAGAAACCAAACUGGUCAAUUCGCAACAAGAGGACUACUCCACCAAAGACCCCGACUCUUCAUCAUCAUCAUCAUCGUCCUCGUCAUUGUCACUGAUCUUGAUGCGUGGUUUACCAGGAUCUGGUAAAUCAACGUUUGCUCGGGAGCUGGCGUGUACUGGGCCCACUGGGGUGAUUCUCAGUACUGAUGACUACUUCGCCAACCAGGACGGCUACACGUAUGACCCAAGUCUGCUGCCUAUAGCUCAUCAAUGGAACCAGAAUCGAGCGGAUGAAGCUAUGCUGAAGGGUUGUUCCCCGCUGAUCAUCGACAACACCAACCUGCAGCCAUGGGAGAUGAAGCCCUACGUCGCCAUGGCCCUGGAGCGAGGGUACAGAGUCUUCUUCCAGGAACCCAACACUCAGUGGAAGUUCGAUCCCGUUGAGUUGGAGAAGCGGACCAAGCAUGGCGUCCCACAGCAGAAGAUCGCCCAGAUGUUGGAGCGCUUCUGUUUCCCCGUCUCCGUGGAGACCGUCAUGACGUCGCAAGAGCCACCGCACACCAGCGCCCCGACGCAACACCAACAAAGAAGACCUUAACCAAUGUUUAUUUUAAAUUUUCUAUUCAACGUUGGUUAUCAGAUCAGUAAAUACAUUUUUACAGGGUUGCUCAGGGUUGCCAUGGGAUCGAAACGACUAUUUUUUACAUUGAGUGUUUUAAAGAUUUAGUUUAGAUUUGCCCUCUUCGGUCUGCGUUGUUUUAGAUAAUAAACUUUCUUAACCUUUA